AAGUUCGCCUUUUUUGAGGGCCUGACUCGGAGGCAGGCGCACUCAAGACUCCGACACUUCAAGCACAAACACCAAUCACGAGACAUACUGCCUCGCAAGCAAGCUCUCGACGGAAUCUCCAUUCCCGGGCUGUUUCCGCCGGCAGACGGACCAACAGGGGAAUGGCCGACUCUAACUCCGAGGACCGGCUGCCUCCGGGGUGGACUGUGGAAGUGAAAGUGAGGAAGAACGGUAAGAAAGACAAGUUUUACUUUUCUCCUUCAAGUGGACUUAGGUUUAAUUCCAUGGUAGAGGUUUCUCAUUAUCUUGACAAAGUUCAGAACAAUCAUGUCAGCGUCACAAGCAGUUCAAAAAAUGUUGUAAUUGAGAAAGGUGUUGCAGAAGGAUUACCAGAAGGAUGGAUCAAAAAGACCAGAGUCACAAAAAAGAGUUCUACAGUAAGAAGAGAUUCGUACUACAUUGAUCCUGUAAGUGGGUAUGUAUUCCAAUCUAUAAAAGAUGCUGUACGCUAUCUUGAAUCUGGGGAGAUAGGAAGAAAUGCAUUCAAACCAAAAGAUAAAGGCGGCAGAGAUAUAGAAUUGAAAGAUGACAUUUUCUCUUCAGCGGGUGUAGCCAGAAAACCAAAAUUAUCAGUUGGCAGAGUGACUCGACGCACCGUCAUGAGUCAGGGCACAAAUUUGGACCGGAUAGUUAAUGACCAACAGACUCCAAAAACUGCAUGUACAGGAGAACCUAUGCCUCUUUCUGAACACAGUUCUUGUGCAAUGGGCAUUGAAUUGACCGGCUUAGUUCCAUCACAAGCUGAAUGUUCGGAUGAAAAAGAAGGGAAGGUUAGUUUCGCUGAAAGUAAUUCAAUUCCCAGUUGUGCGGAUGGAGUUGUCCCAGAAAAGCAACUUCCUGAAAGUUUACAGACAAAACAUGCAACUGAAAAGGUUCAAAAAGGCCAGGUUAAAUCCAAGCGCAAGAAAGAGAUUAACUUGCCCCGCCGUGCUUCAAAACGUCUUGCUGGAAUUCAGGUUGAUCCUGUUCCUGAACUUAUAACAAGGCGCCGAAAUGCAGCUAAAAAUUCUGGCGAAGUAGCCUUGACAAACGAGGAUAAAUCUUCAGGGAGUUUCUCUAAUGAAGAAACCAAACAGCUUAUUGCACGUGAGAGUGCAUCAGAAAGUAAGCGUAAACCUCAAAGCUUAAUGAACACAAUGGAGUCACCAAAGUUGAAUCAGAGUAAGCAUUCCUAUGGGAGUUUAUGUGCUCCAGAAAAACUUCCUGAGAAGACUUUUGAAGAGCCGAAAAGUGAAAAAGAUCAAGAAUGCUAUUCAUUUUUGUCUCCGGGGAACACUGUUACAGUCAACGAGCAAGUGAAAGACCUGGAAGGUGGAGCAAAGUUUGACUACUCUCUCGACUUGCCCCUUGGAGAACUAUUAUCAGACCCAUGUAUUGCAUUUGCAAUACAAACUCUUACCGAAGGAACAUUCGAAACCUCCAAAAACACUCAGAUUUCAUCUGAAGUGAGUGAUAGCAAGUAUUCUGAAACUUCAGCUUCUGCUAAAGGGGAUGACAGCAAAAUCAAAGGGCAGAAUGUGAGUGACUGGAAGCAAGAAUGCAGUGCGUCUUCACCACCAAAGGACCUUGUUGCAGAACAUGCUGGCAGUACUUCUGAAUCGCCAUUUGGUAUUUCAUGGAUGGAUCCAUGCAUAGAAUUUGCAGUAAAAACUCUCACCGGCAAUAUCCCAGUGGAAUAUGAUCCAAAUAGUGAGAAUUGCCUUCAGCAGCAGCUUGGCACUUCAAACAACCAGGGACUCGGUGAAGUAGCCUUCUCAGGCGGCAGCUUAAAUAAUCUGCGUCAGACCGACUAUUAUUGCAGCCAAUACCUUGGAACACAGGAUCCUGUAUUUAAACAACAGUCGUUUCUGGAUACAGCUUUACCCAACGCUAGAAGUGUCGGCAUGGGGAAUUCUACUGGAGCCAGACUGCACCAAUAUGGUGGCGAAGAUAGAAGGAAUGGGCGCCAGAGAUAAACAAUCAGCUUGUAACUGUACUAACUCAAGAUUGCACAGUUAGGAAGUAUUUUGUAAAAAAAGAUAACCAACUAGACCUUUAACCUCCCUUUUGGUUGUUUUUCGAGCAUGUUGUUGUGUACAUUGUAGUUGUUGUUCUGAACUAGUUUCUUGUUAGCUUGACAGUAAAGUAGGUGUUUAACCUUUUCAUUCAACUUCUGCACUAUAUUACCAUA